GACAUACAGGCAGAGUUUCCUGCAUAGGUGCUGUAGUUUCUGAACAGACAUGCACUUAGUCACUUGCUCAAGCGCAAGCAAACCACUCACACAGGAUCUCUGUGUGUCAAGAUUUUUGAGGAGCAGUGGUCAGCAAGUGUACACCAAUUUUUUGGCUGUCACAAUGCUGCAGGAAGGCAACUUAACCUUGAACGAAUCCUGUAAGAUUCAUGAUGGCAUACUUUCACCCUUCGUGCCCAUUGGCUACAUUGUCAUCUGUUGCAUCGGUCUGCUCUGCAACACCAUCACCCUUUACAUAUUUUUCCUUCGGCGGCAUACAGACUCUUCCAUGGCCGUAUACAUGCGGCAUCUCGCCCUGGCAGACACUCUACUGGUCCUGUGUUUGCCCUUGCGGGUUUACUACCACAACAAAGUCGGUCCCUUCUACUUGUGCAAGGUGGUGGGCAUCUUCUUCUACAUCAACAUGUAUUCCAGCAUCCUGUUCCUCAGCCUCAUCAGUCUGGAUCGCUACUUGAAAAUCGUGAAGCCCGUUUGGGUGUUCCGCAUCCAGAAGACCAAGUGGAGCUACAUGGCAAGCUACAUCAUCUGGGGUGUCCUCAUUUCAGGAAUGAUCCCCUUUUUGACAAGCGACAGUCAGAAACAUCCGUGCGACAAAGUUUGCUUCCACUUUCACAGCAAGGGGACUGUCGGUGGGACCAUUAACCUGACAACAGUGGUGAUCUUCCUUGUUUUUUAUGUGGCCUUUCUUUGUUUUUAUGUGAAGAUAACUAAUAAACUCAGGACUAUGUCCAUGGGUAAUGGUGACUCUAAGGCACAGAGUCGCAAAAAGAGGGUCAUCAUGAAGACUUUCUUGGUACCGGCCAUUUUUACUUUGUGUUUUUUGCCUUACCAUGCAAUACGAAUCCCAUACGUUCUGGCUCAGCUGAACGUGAUCGGGGAUCUUCAUAGCAAACAAUUGUUGCACAUCUUAAAUGAGAGUACCUUGCUACUGUCCACUCUAAAUAGCUGCCUAGACCCAAUUAUCUAUUACUUCUUAAACAGUGCGUACAGGAAAACCAUACUCUGUGCCAUUCAGGGCAAGUUUAAAAACAUGUAUGCUUUAAACAGAAGGAGAAUCAGCAUAAACCGCUCGCUUACUGAAAUUUAGCCUUAAUGGAUGACUUUUCCAUUUGUGACUACAUGAAUCAAAUU